AUGUACUCUAAAAUCUGUUAAGACUCCAUUAAUUGCAAAAAUGAGAAUUGUUAAUUAGACCAUUCUAGAAUUUACUUAGGACUUUGUAUUAGAUUUUUGAUUAUGGAAUAAGAAUGGGAAUAGAAUAAUUCAGAAGAUGAUUAUUUUCCCAAUAAAAUUUGUGAUAAAAAGGAAUGCAAACUAAAACAUUUCGAUUAAAGUAAAUUCAGGUUUGUUUCUUAAAUCUCAGUAAAUGGUAUAUUUCCUCAUAAUUUAUGUGGCACCUAUGAUUGUCCGUCACAUGAAUUCCCAUCGGAUAAAAACUCUUUAAAUUAUUGUAAAUUUAUUCAUAAACCUUGGGCUAAGAAUAUAUGCUUAACAGAUAUUAUCAAUUCAUGUAAAAAGAAAGACAAGGAUUGUAAGUUUAUUCAUAAAGAAUGGAAAGAUCUUAAACCUAUUGCCAAGGAAUGUUCAUAUAUUAAAAGUAUUUGUCCUGAUAGUUUAUGUGAUAAAUAAAACUGUUAAUGCAGUCAUCAUUAUCUUUGGAUGUCUAACUUAAAUUUAUGCAUUCCAUAUCUCAAAGGAAGUUGUCCAAAAAAAAACUGCUUAAAAAAUCAUGUUGAGUGGGAAUAUGUUAAUCCGAAAAUAUAUAUAGAGAACUGUAUCUACCCUUGUACUAAGAUUGAUGAUUAAUAGUUGUCUUAUGAUUAAUAAAUACAAUUAUAAUGUGAAAAAGCAUAGUUUCUUAAAUUAAAGAGCACUAUAUCAGAGUCUAAUAUCAUAGACGUUGUUUUUAUUAUGGAUCUCACCGGAUCUAUGAAACCUUGGAAGGAAGAAAUGGAAAAGGCCAUUUAUGAAAUAUUAUAGUAAUUUGAUUAAACAAAUAAAGGAUAUUAAAUGAGGUUUGGUUUUGUUGGAUAUAGAGACGAAUGUGAUAAGAAUGAUAAAAUCACUUAUAUAAAUCUGACACAUGACAUCGAGAAAUUCAUAAAAUAAAUUAGUAAAUUUGAAGCAAAAGGUGGUGGGGACCUGGCUGAAGAUAUUGUGGCUGGAUUUGAAAAAGCUUUAGAAUUAAAUUUCUCUUAACAUGAAGAAAGUUUAUUAUGCACAUUUCUGAUUGCUGAUGCUCCCUGCCAUGGACGAUAAUAUCAUGACCUUAAAUCUGAUGAUAAGAUUGAUAAGGUUGAAGAAAAUCACUUAGAAAAUGCACUAAUGAGAUACAAAAAAAUCAAAGAAUGUAAUUUUCUAUGCAACAUUAAAAUAAAUAAUUCAACAGACAAAAUGUUUUCAAAAAUGUAAGCUGUGUAUCCUCUUUUAACAAUAACUACUAAAAAGGAACCUAAAGAAAUUUGUGAAUAAGUUCUUUUUACAUUAAGAUAAUCUUUAACAAAAUCAAAUAUUAUAAAAUCUAAUUUGUAAAAAUAAGUUGGAAUCAAAGCUGACUUUAAAAAAUUCAAAAUAGAUGAGAAUAUUAAAAAUUCAUAAUAGAAUAAAGUAGAUUAUUGGAAAAAUCUUUUGAAAUCUAAUUAUUUAAGAUAAGGAGGCACAAAUUUAUAAAUUUAAAAGUAAAUUAUUGAAUCUCUUUAGUCAGAAGAUUAAAAUUGCUAAACCUUUGUUUUCAAAGCAUUUGAUGCAAUAAAUAAUAUGUACGUAGUCUUAAAAAUACCAAAAUUUAUUGUAGAUUUGCAUAAAUAAGGUAUGCUAGAUAAUUAAUCAAUUGAAAAGGCUGAAUAAUAAGCAGAAUCAAGAUUCUAUUCUUCCAUUUAUGCUUGUUAAAUGGCCCACUUUUUUAAUAUAACAACGUCAACAGUUGAAGAAAUUCCUCCAUUAUUUUAUGUGUUACCUAUUUGUUACACUCUCAAAACCCCUUUUUAUGGUAUGACCAAAGUAUAUGGAGAGACAUUUAUUAACAUUUAACAUUAAUUCAAAAAGUAUACUACUAACCACCAUCACAGUGACCCAAAAUAUUAUUAUUAUUCUAUUUUCAGUCAUUUCUCUUUUAUUGAAAGUGGAAAUACUUUUGUUAUCACAGAUUUAUAGGGAUGUGUAAAUAUUCUAUCUGAUCCUUCAAUAUAAACCAAAAAGGGAGAAAUUCCUGAGUUGGAUUAGGAUGAAACAAAUCAUUUUGAAAAAGGAAUUGAAAUAUUUUUAUAAACCCAACAUAAGGAAUGCAGCUAUUAUUGUUAAUUAUUAUAACUAUCAAGAGAUUAAUUUUAAAUAAAAAAUAUCUAAAAUGUAGAUUUAACAAAAUGGUAGAUUAAUGAUAAAACGCAUUAAUAUGGAAUUUGUGCUAAAUGUAAUCAAUUAAUUUAAUUUGAUUUGGAUGCUUAAAAGGCUGAAAAUCACUUAAGUUACAUUAUGAAUUGCCAGUAAUGCAAAACAGAGAGUGCUGAUGAUAAUAUUAUCAAUAGUUAGUGCAAGUGUUGUAAAGAAACCUUUUAAUCAUUUCAAAAUCUGUAAUUAAGAUGUCAGAGUGAAUUAGGGAUUUGUUCAGAUUGCAAAAAUAUUUGCAGCGACCUUAAUAAAAGCAGUUGUUGUUAUUGUUAAACCAAAUGUAAGAAAAUAUUAAAAUAAUUGCAUAUUUAGGAUUAAAUCAUUUAUAUUUGUAAAAAGGGUUGUAAGUACUUAGAACUACUAUCAUGUAAAAAUUGUUAAAAGCAAUAUUAAUAAGACAUAGUUUUGAAUAAAGAGGACUAUGAUUAAGGUGUAUAUAAAUGUGCUGCUUGCUGA